AUUUCACUCGACCGGAUGUAUCCUAUUUUCUUUUGUGUUAUCACUGUUGCAGAGCUCUUGGAUUUUUAUUAUAUUUAUAUUCAGGAUAUUUCUUAUGAUACCGAAAAAAAUUGCACUCAGCUCACCGUCAACAUGCCGAUACGUCGAAAAAGCGAUCCGUCUAUGACACAACGUAUUUGGGAUACAAUUAAAAUCACGGUACAUCAAAGAAGCUUACCUAGUAACGACCGUAUGGUACGGCAUUUGGCUCGAGUUUACGGCUUUACAGAACAGGAAGCUCAAGAGGAGAUCAACAAGGCUGCUGAGGACGGCCUUGUCUUGUUGAAGAAAGUACCUACGAGAAAUGGCAUCGAGCAAGAGAGCUAUAGGCUGCCACCGGUAGACCUAUUAGCUAAUGCCGACGAUCACGAUUGGUACUGCUGCAAGUGUCAAAGAGCUGGCGCGGUCGAGUGCUGCGAACAAUGUCACAGAGUGUAUCAUCCGGAGUGCUAUCCCGGCAACGCUACAAAAAUGAAGAUUUGUGUCUUCUGCGAGAAAAUAAAUAACGACACAUAUCCUGACAAGACCGAGCUUAAUCACAUCCUCAGUUUCACUUGCGGCCAUCUGAAAGCAAAAUUACCGCCGGAAAUUACAAAUCGCACGAUCGUUUUUAACAACGGCCCGAUCGUUACGCCCGCAAAUGGCUUCUCUGGGCCAACCUGGGUGAGCGAGGGCGAGGACGCCUGGCGACCGGGUAUUCUCAUAAAGAAACACAUGGACUUGGCGAUAAUGGACGCGAAGACGAAUAAUAAGGAGUACAAGAAUCUUGCAGAGUUCGAGGCUGAUGCGCACAAUAUUCUGCACAACAUCAUGAUAUAUCACGGAGGACGAGAAAUUGUUCAGGACUGCUGUUACGAUCUCCAGGAGAUUCGCCGUUGCGCAGACUGUUAUCGCAUAUCGAACGAGAAAUCUGAAAAGAUGUGGUUCUGCAUACCGUGCAAUCCUCCACAUCAGUUGGUCUAUGCGAAGCAGAAGGGAUAUCCGUACUGGCCCGCCAAAGUUAUGCAGGUUAACGGCAACAUCUACGACGUGCGCUUCUUCGGAGGUCAUCACAUGAGAGCCAACAUCGAGAAAGUCUUCAUUCGGCCCAUCUCCUCCACGUUGCAGAGCUUGCAGCCUUCGGAAAAAGGAAAGUGGAAAGAAACGGAGAUAAAAAGAUCAACGGCAUGGAACAGGGCUUUCGAAGAGCUGAAGCAUCAUCAGCACUUGCUGGCAAAGUUGGGGAAGAAGAAGAAGGAGGAAAUUAGCACAAUGGAGGACGACGACGACGACGACGACGGUCCUAGUCCCGCAAAGAUACGGAAUCAAGAGUCGUCGAGUUCGAAGGGCGCAUCGCACAGCUCGAAUGUGCCGAAGCAGCUGAUGAAGGAUCUCAGGGUGAAAGUCGAAAGAUUGAGUUCGGACGGGCAUCCCGAGACUCAGAACGCGAACGACGCGGCGGAUAACAAGGAUGUCUCGAAGAGCAAUGGCGCAAACGAAGAUAGACAGGUGCCUCAUUUACCGGUGGCGGAGGACGAGCCCGCUCGAGAAAUAACGAGCACCUGCCCGCAGGGCUUGAAGAAGGAGGGCUCGCAAGAAGACAUGGUCACAUCCAGUUGUCAAGAACCGAGAUCGAAGUGCGUUCUCGUGCAGACUGAACAAAUUCAGGCGGACGGGCUUCCGCCAGCCAAGAUCAAAAGGGAACGCAGAACUUCGGAACAACCGACCACAACGGCGUUGGAGAAACUACGCCGCGAAUUGGAGCUUGACAAGUGCAGGGAAUUGGAGAGACUACAGGCGGAAUAUAGGAAAGAGUUACGGCAAAUGGAGCAGAGGCACAAACAAGCGAUAUCUGACAUCAAGAAGAAACAAUGGUGUUACAACUGUGAGAAUGAAGCAAUAUAUCAUUGUUGUUGGAACACCGCGUACUGCAGCACAGACUGCCAACAAAUUCACUGGCAGCGUGAGCAUAAAAGAGUGUGCAGGCGUAAGCGUUAAUAUGACGACAAGUACAAUAAUAGACGCCAAGGAGCGUUUAAAAAGAUAAGAGUACUCAUUUUCACAUACAUGUACAUAUAUGUUAUAUAUAGAUAUAUAUAUAUAUACACACAUAUACACAUACAUACAUAUAUACAUAUAUAUAUAUAUAUAUAUGUAUAUACAGAGUGUCCCGGAGAAUAUCCAUCCCGAUUAUCGGCUAGCGCUUGUAAUUAUUAGAUGUGAAAUCUAAGAAUGCUUUUUAUGUAACGA